GAUGAGAAGAACCAGAUGAUGACGACUAAUGUCUGGGUGAAACAAGAAUGGAAUGAUUAUAAGCUCCGCUGGAACCCAGAGGAGUAUGAAAACGUCACCUCCAUUCGCAUCCCGUCUGAAUUCAUCUGGAGGCCUGACAUUGUACUUUAUAAUAAUGCUGAUGGUGACUUCGCAGUGACCCACUUGACCAAAGCCCACCUGUUCUAUGACGGGCGCAUCAAGUGGAUGCCGCCAGCCAUCUACAAAUCCUCCUGCAGCAUCGACGUCACCUUCUUCCCCUUCGACCAGCAGAACUGCAAGAUGAAGUUUGGCUCUUGGACUUAUGACCGUGCAAAGAUCGACUUGAUCAGCAUGGCUAGUGACGUGGACCAAAUGGACUACUGGGAGAGUGGUGAGUGGGUGAUCGUCAACGCUGUGGGCAAGUACAACACCAAGAAGUAUGAAUGCUGCACUGAGAUCUACCCCGACAUCACCUACUACUUCAUCAUCCGCAGGCUGCCUCUCUUCUACACCAUUAACCUGAUAAUACCCUGUCUGUUGAUUUCCUGUCUGACUGUGUUGGUCUUCUACCUGCCUUCCCAAUGUGGCGAGAAGAUCACACUGUGUAUCUCCGUGCUGCUGUCCCUCACCGUCUUCCUCUUGCUCAUCACCGAGAUCAUCCCGUCCACCUCGCUGGUCAUCCCGCUGAUAGGCGAGUACCUCCUCUUCACCAUGAUCUUUGUCACCCUCUCCAUCAUCAUCACCGUCUUCGUGCUCAAUGUGCACCACCGCUCGCCACGCACUCACGGCAUGCCACAAUGGGUGCGGCGGAUCUUCCUGGACCUGGUGCCCCGCCUGCUCUUCAUGAAGCGCCCCCCGGCCAUGGCUAAGGAAAACUGUCGGCAGCUGAUUGAGAUGCUGCAUAGGACUAGCUCCACGACAGCAGCCAGUCAGUUGCAGACAUUCUGGGAUGGGAUGCUAGGACAGCAGGACCACACGCUUCCCAAUACCACCUCUGACAGUCCCAACAUUCUGGCCUUCUCCUCUUUAACCUCCCCGCCUCCACCUCAGGGCAUCUUCUUAGAGGCCCCCAAUCAUUUCUGCCACUCCUUAUCCAGCCAGUACUCCAUUCUGAUGGAAGAAGCUCCCAAGCCCACUGCAUACUCUGUGUCCGCCUCACCCGGCUCCUCCACCCCAUUGUCCUCCACCUCUUCCCCGUCUCUACCUCUGGGUCCAUUAGGGCCCCUCCGCUCUCUGCCCCAGGAUGAGCCACGGACUCUUGUCCGCAAUGGGCGGAGCCACGGUUUAGAGAAAGCAUGCGAUGGCACAAGACAGAACCAGGUUUGCCACCAGCGGGCCCAGCACCACUGCCAGUCCAACAGGUUCAAGUACCGCUGUGUGCACGAGGAGGGGGGUGGGGCUCCUGUUGCUGGCACAGGAAUAGGUGAAAGAAGGCUAAAGAGACAGGCCCUGCUAGAGCGCCUCAUUGGAGCCUCUUUCACAGAGCCCUCCUUGGAUUUGGAGACCCAGGAAACCAUGGUGCCCACAAUAUCCCCGUCUCUGAGAAGUGCAAUAGAGGGCGUACAGUACAUCGCUGACCACCUCAGGGCAGAGGACGCUGACUUCUCUGUAAAGGAGGAUUGGAAGUAUGUGGCAAUGGUCAUUGAUAGGAUAUUUCUCUGGAUGUUUGUACUGGUGUGUAUAUUAGGAACAGUGGGGCUAUUCCUUCCUCCUUGGUUGGCUGGAAUGAUCUAG